AUGAAUGUCCCGAAUGUUCUCAGUGAGUACAACAAUGGCUCUCACAAUGCCAGUAUUCCGUUUUUAUGGAUUCAAGUCUCCCAAGUUUGGGCUUGUAUCGUCGCAACAGUGGGGGUUUCCGGAAAUCUGCUGACCAUAGGCAUAAUCAUUUGGCAGAUGACAUUUUGGAGGGGAGGGGGCCCCAGACACACGACGUCGCUGCCCGCCAUAAUCUCGAGGGCAAAAAGAACACCUCUGAUUCCAAAGGAAGGAUAUACACUUCUUUUGCUUAAUUUGAGUGUCUGCGAUUUAUUGUACUGUGGAAUUAAUUUGCCUGUGACUGUCUACACUUACAGCUACGCUUUCACAGAAGAAACACCAAGCACGAGUUUCUGCAGUGGCGCCGCCUUUGCCAGGUACACAAUCGCCUUGAUGGAGUGGUUGUCCAUGGCUCUGAUAGUUGUUCAAAGAUGCGUGGAUCUGAGACGCAGCAGAAGGAUGCGUUUCUUCAAGCCCAAGCCAACGGUUGUCUUAAUUAGUAUCGUCUGGGUACUCAGCAUAUUGCCUCAAUCAAUCUUCAUGUUUUUUAACGGAGGUGUCUACAGCUACGACAAGGACACCUUCAAAUGUGACAUCGAAACCCGUUUAGGGAUCCUCUUCUUUUUCGCGCUGGAGACACCAGUCCCCCUUGUUACGACGUUCAUUGCAGCAUCUAGUCUAGUUUACCAGAUAUGGAAGAAUGUCAAAACUCUCCAGAGAGAAGGCAUGCCGGACGAACUGAUCAAGGUGCGUUACAAAAGUAUGGUCAAGUCAGUGACUCUCAUCUCGGCUCUUCUGCUCAUGUUUUUUAUCUCCGUCACUCCAAUGGCCAUCUACAGUACAUUAACGAUGAUUGAAAAAAAUCCGGACGUGCCAUUAGGGAUUGCUAUCUUCAUGAUAUACUGGAUCCAAUAUGGAGUCAAUUUUCUCAUUUACAUUGCCAGAAAUGAAAACUUUCAAAGAGCUUUCAGUCAAGUACUCUCCGGCCCCCGGUGUUCGUCAAGUUCGAAUGACCGGCAAAGUCCAAAACUGCGCCAUCUUGGACAGAUAUCACACCUUAUUUCCAGCAUAUCCAUCAGCACACCCUACAGAUCAUCACUGGAGUCUGUUCAACUCAGAAGAGAAUCUCCAGGCCAUCGAGAUCGAACCAAAAAGGAUUUAAGAAGAAUACAAUGUAACAGAUUGUCGGCCUCUUCUCUCCUUUCUUGUAACAGCGCAACUUACGAAAGACAUGUCUCUACAACAACAAAUAUAACGGAAGUGUCAUAUAAUGCCGCUAAUGAAUCAGACUAA